AAAGAGCAUAAUAAAGAUAUCCAAUCUCAUAAGUUAUUUGUGCCACGUGGCAGAAACCCAUUCACAGUCGUAAAUUUCGUUGGUCCCUUAGCUUAGACGAAAGUAGACAAAAAGCAAACCAUAAUCUGCAGAGAGGCAGCAGAGUGGAGACAUGGCAGGGAUAACAUGUUCUUACCACUUAGCAUUCUCCUCUCAGAGCAACUUGAGUCCAUCUAGGUUAGUAAUCGGAGCAACAAAGAGACGAGUAGUGCACAUAAAAAGAUCCGUGACAAAGGCAGAAGUGAACUUCGUGGACUCUGAUGAGGCGAAGAAGCUGAUAGCAGUCGAGGGCUACGCAGUUGUAGAUGUUCGCGACAAAACUCAGUUUGAGAGAGCCCACAUAAAGGACUGCUAUCACGUCCCAUUAUUCAUUCAGAACAAUGACAAUGACUUAGGAACUAUAAUAAAGAGAACUGUGCACAACAAUUUCUCUGGCUUGUUUUUCGGGUUGCCUUUCACUAAGCCUAAUCCAGAAUUUGUGCAAUCUGUCAAGAGCCAGUUUUCAUCUGAGAGCAAGCUGUUGCUUGUUUGUCAAGAGGGACUAAGGUCUACUGCUGCUGCGAACAAAUUGGAGGAAGCAGGUUAUCAGAAUAUAGCCUGCAUAACAUCUGGGCUACAAUCUGUAAAACCUGGAACAUUCGACGCGGUUGGUUCGACAGAGCUGCAAAAUGCAGGGAAGGCUGGUUUGAUUCAAAUUCAAGGCAAAAUCUCAGCAGUGCUGGGGACUGUUCUCAUCUGUGCGUUUCUGUUCAUUACAUUCUUCCCUGACCAAGCAGAAAAGCUAUUCCAGCUCGCCCCAACAAGCUAAAACGCUAGUGUUUUGCUGUUCGCGUAAAUCGGUACAACUUGAAUUUUGCAGCUGAGAAGUUCAAUAUUUGAACACCACAAGGAAAUAGAUCAUUUGGUGUAUAAUUAUCAAAGCAGAAAUUGCAGUUUUACAGCAGCUUCUAAGAGCCAAAAAAUAUUUUUUACAUUUUUCA